ACUUUGCGUCGUAAUUGUAACUUUUUAUAAGUUAUUUAAUCAUGAGCAGCAUGACCCGUUGGUUGGACGUGGAAGUGGGCACGGACGAAGUGGACCUAAACGCGCUGCCGUCCAACUUGUGCUUGGCGGAUUUGCACAAUGACAACGAAUACAGGUUGCUCAUGGGCGACUUGGGGAGGGAAGAGGAUGGACCCAAAUUGAGGAUCUUCCAAGGCGUUACCCAAGUCUCUGACAUGGUGCUCCCGGACCUGCCGCUAGCAGUCAUCAGUCUGUACACCAACGACAAUGUGCCCCGCAGUCUCCCGGUCAUUGCCGUCGCGUUCAGCUCUUGUAUCUACAUUUAUAGGAAUAUGAAGCUGUUCUAUAAGUACUAUCUGCCUAGUGUCGAGCUUAAUGCUAGUGAGAUUGAGGUUUGGAAACAGCUCCUUACCCCAGCCAACCAGAACCCCGCCUCCAUCAAAUCCUACACCGACAGUCUAAAACACUUCCCGGAGCAGACCCUCAGCCAGCAGUCGCAGAACUUCCUCAGCAUGAGCACAGACCAGCAGUUGGAGUAUCUUGAACAGUCUCCGGAGCUGCCGGCAAUGGUGCUGCCGGAGAUCACUUGUGUUACCAGUAUGAAGCUGGCUUCGGUGGACAAGCAUGCGGCGUCCUGUAUGGUUGUUGGGACAGAAGAUGGAGAUGUUUUCGUGCUGGAGUCGCAGAUGUUUAAUCAGUUGUCACAGGCCAAGCUGUGUAAUAUGAGGAAAACGCCUUAUCAAAUGGUAGCAACGGGACUGUACAGCGUAGACUAUAGAAUUACCGUGGCGACGAGAGAGAAAUCAGUGUGUCUACUAAAGAGGGGUUGGAAUGAAGCAAAGAUUUUAUUCAACACGGAGGAACAUAUUAUUGCCAUUGAAGUGAUGCCGGCAGACAGCAGUGUAAUCGCUAUAUGCGCCGAUAAUACGCUCACCUGCUAUAGCAAGAAGGGCAAAAAGCAGUGGUCUCUAAACCUGGAGCAUCGGCCGAUAGCCAUGUCUUUAGUGGCGAUAUCACACCUCGGGGCUACUUUGAUAGCUGUGUCGCUUGCGUCUGGCCACGUUCAUCUGUAUGAUGGGAAGGCACGAAGGGAUACUAUUUUUGUUAGAGACGUGGCGUCAGUCCUGAAGUUUGGUCAGCUUGGGCAAGAGGAGCACGUCUUCAUUAUUGUUACAGGAAGCGGCCAUCUAAUGCUAAAAAUCCUGAAGAGGACAGCAGAUUUCAACGCGCAUGGCGUGGGCAUAGAAUCCUCCGCGCCCAGCGCUGGGAAGCCGUGGCUCAUACCCAAGAAGUCUAAGUUAUUUCUAGAACAGAGUGUGAGAGAAAGAGAAAACGCUGUUGGUAUGCACGUAUCGUUCCAACAAGAGAUGAGUCGCCUGCGGCUUGCAGCGGCGAAAACUCUACUAGAGGCGCAUCAGAAGAGCGAUAAUUCCGUAGGCGUUGGCGCCCUAGAACCCAUCCGGCUUGCUGCUGAGGUGGAAGGGCUAGGCCCAGUGUUCCGCGUGACGCUGCAAGUUGAGAACACGAGCGAGAAGGCCGUGGUCGGCCUCUCCAUACUGUUCCACGUGCACACCUCCAACUAUAAGGUGUCGCAGCCACACAUAAAGGUACCGCUCCUCGCACCACACAGCAAACUCCGCUUCCCAACUAAAGUCGAAGAAGUAUUCGACAGUGAACUGAACCCGGACAUUUUCUUCCGCUCCGUUACCGGUCAAGGGGGGGAGCGGGCGCUGGUCAAAAUACUGUUAUUAAAGGAGGGGAGAAGGGGUCCCGUGUUGGCGGCUACGGUGCAAAUGCCCCCUACGGACCCGAUGAUGCUGCCGUAUGAUAAGAUGCAGGAUACGGGGGAUUUUGGGGUUGCCAAUCCAACUUUUGCUAAUGACACCUAGUCGCUUCUAUAAAUCUCAAAUGGCUCCUAAUGCCAGCUGAGGGUAGAUGAAAAUAUUACAUGAUCAAAUAAUGUAGGUUAAAGUCAGGUCAUUCAUUGACAGAUCCAGGCGGUUUCGUAUUUGGUUGGUUAACCAAUAAAUGUUAAUACUACCCGGAAAUGUUCAAAUUGUUUGUUUACAUUUAUUUAAAUACCUAAAGAUACAGAGUAUAGCAACACCGGCUUCCGACACGUCGGAAGGGAGGAAGCGCAAGCGAAACGGAAGCGUAAGGGGGGGAAACGUACACACAGUCACACUUCUCACUCACUACAUACAAAAUCUGUAAUGACGGCUCUGACCUCUGACCCCAUUAUACGAGGAACAAUAUUCGUAAAAGAGUCAUGUCUCAUCAUUAGAGUCAUGAGUUGAUAAUUUUAACUAUUUUAACCUCGUCCUGCCCAGUGUGCACAAUAAAGAACAUUUUUUUACGGUUCUUUCUACUACUUAUCCUGCCGACUGUGGGUAGGUACAUAGGUACUAUUGUCAAUAGUUUUAACCCUUUAACCGCCAGAGUCUGAUAUAUAAGACAUUACAUAUCCAGCUCAUUUCGCCACAGUCUGAUAAAUAAGACAACGAUCUGAUUUGGUUUUUACAGCACAUUUAUAACUCCCGUAACUAUGCCAACCUUACUCUGCGUGGUACAAUUACUGUCGGUGGCGACACGAGCACGCUCGAUCAAAAAUUGCUGGCGGUUAAAAGGUUAAUGAUUCGUCUGACUGAUCUAUGCCCUUACCACGACGUACAGUCAACAACAGAGCUAUGAAUACAGGCAAAGUGUCAAAAAUAUGUAUACAGUACUUUAUUGCCUGUACAUUAAGGUCGUGUAUACAUAUUUUUGGCACUUUGCCUGUAUUCAUAGCUCUGUUGUUGACGUACUAUAGCAACAUGAUUUAUGUAAAGCUAUGCUAAACUAUUGUCAAACAUUAUAUAGUUAAAUGCAAGACAUUAUACAAAUGCAAGUACAAAGUUUUGUAUGCAAAUUGUAUCUCAUUGACGACAUGUAUGUACCUUUUGGCGUCAUUACACAUUAGGUACCUAUACCUCGUUUUUUUAGCAUUAGAGUAAUGGUAACAUUCCAUUUCUAACCGCAGCUGCAUUACUGUUCAUUUCUACUCUGGAAUUUGACAAUGACAGCGACGCGUUCAGUACCGGUAGUGCAGCUGCGGUUAGAAAUGGAAUGUUACCAUAAGACUACACGAUUAUGACUGAUUAUGACGUUGAAAAACACUUUUGAAAACUAAGUCACAGCAAAUAUGUAACAAUUAUAGAGUUUACCAAAUAAAAAAAAUGUCUCAAAUGUGACCUACAUUACAUUAAACAAAAUAAUAUAAUAUAA